AUGCCGGCUCCGGCUACCGGUGGCAAUCGUCAACAAAUGGCUCCCACAAUCCCAAAACCUGUGACAUUAAUUGACCACUUCAACCAUGCCCCACAGCAACGAGUCAUUGAUCGAAGAGGACAGGGAAGCUAUGGAAAUUACGAUAUAAUGAUCAUUCCUAAAAUGGUUCGUGAUCCUAUACCGCUGCCCGUCGACAAACUGUUGAAAUUGCCGACUAUUGAAGAUGGUGUUAAGGUGGUUAAAAUGUGGCAAGAGGGAGCUGCUAUUGCUGCUAGAGAUGCUGCUAUUAAGGCUAGGAAGGCGGAGAUGGAGAGGCCAUCAAGCAACGAUGAAGGAGCCGACGAUGGCCGAAUGGUGGUCUUUACAGAAGAAGGAAUAGAUUUCUUUAGCACGCUGCCAUACGUACCUCCACCACCACCGCCAACUUCAGUUAGACUCGUAGAACCAUGGGCACGUCCCGUCUACUUCCCAUCUCGUCACAAGACUCUCCCCGUCGAAUUCCCACGCAACGAACGAGCAGGAGUGUGGCGGGCCGCUAUAAAAUUCAACAAGCCCGAAGUCGUUGAAGCUGCAGACCGCAACGUACGCAACAUGAUUGAAAACGAUGCAACGUUAAGCUCGCGCUGGGUUUUGAGAUAUAAAGUUCCCACUGAAGAUUUGAGACGCAGGAGACAAGUUAGGAAACGUGAGAUGGAGGAACGGGCGAAACGAGAUUUAGAUGAGAGGAAUAAAUUAGGUUCACGAGAUGAUUUGCGGGAGGCUGCUAUGGCUGCUAUUAACAAGGCGCUGCCUGCACUGCCGCCGAGUGCUGAUAUACCGAAUGUUGCUGAACCUACGAAUGUGGAUCGGGAGAGAAGGUCUUCUCACUCGUCAUUUAUGGAUAAACGACCGCUGUUCCCUGCGUUGAAGGGCUCAAGAAUGUCUAUGGUAUCUAGUGAUAGCCUGAACGAUAAUAAGACGCUCAAAACAGUCAAGAGUGUCUCGUUUGCAGAGGAUGUUAAAGUUGUGCGAACUGAGGUCGAGUUUUCAAGGGACGAAGAAGAUGACGAGGGCGAAGAUGAUGAAGACGAGCCCGAAGAAGACGACGACGAUACCGACGAAGUCGCAGAAAUUUACGAUGAUGUCAUAGUCAAGGACGAUGUCAAGGACACGCCCACACCCUUAUUCAUGAAAUCCGUUACUUCUCCCACCGAUGCCAAACCUUCUGCUGUUAAAUCACCAGUUACAGGCAAGCCUAUAGCAGCUGAAAUACUGAAAAUAUCACCGAAAUCACCAGUGGAUACCGAAGAUGACGAAGAGUACUUUGAGAGGAGGAGACGAGCCCGAGCUGCCAGAGAACAGCAAGAGAGAGAAGAGGAAGAAAAAGAAAGGCAGCAGAAAGAAGAAGAACUGCAGAAGCAGCAACAGCAAAAGCCUCCAGAACCUCAACCACAGUCUCGUUUAAUGUCACGUUUAACAGCUACAUUGACAAACAAGGACGAUGAGGAACAAGACGAUGAUGAUACUGUAGUCCUAGUGAAAUCCAAGCCAAAACCAGAACCGUCUCCGCCUGUGACAGAGAGUAAACCAGCAUCAUCUCCAGCUCCUGCUACUCCUGGUGCGAAAUUCGUCUUUCCGAAACACGAUGAGGACAAGCCAGCUUUCGAGAGUAAAACAAAACCAGCCAACUCACCUGAAUCCGUCAAGCCAAAGGUGGAGCCUCAACGGAUUGUAUUGGAAGACAAGUCGUUCAAGCGAGACGAACCAACACCACCUCCAAAGGACGAAGGAUCAAGUACCAAGCGGAUCUUGUUUCCCAAGGUUGAAGAAGAUCAUAAACCUAAGUGGGCAUCAAAUUCAUCAGACAGGACAUCAGUUACAUCAGUACGAUCGAUGGUUGAACACUCUGAUGAAACAAUUAGUCUUCCUGAACGACCAAGUAUUGUAUCUGAAGCAACCCAAAAACCAGAUUUAUCAUACAAGCCGAAACCAAGUAGUGGAGGAGCAUUGGAUUAUGAGAGUCUCAUUAGACUGCGAGAAGAGAAACUACGAGCUCGUGGAGUCGUUCCAUCUAUAUCAGACCUGGAUCCUUCAGAAGUCGAAAAUCCAACACAGAGAUCAGCACCUAGUCCAUCUCGUAGAGAUGCUGAUCCACCACGACGAGAUUCCUCGAGAGAUGACUCUGGAAGCAAGUUAUUACAGCGUGUGCCAACUGGUAAAGGGAAGGGUAAUUUGGACUAUGAGUCGCUGAUACGGUUACGAGAAGACAAGCUAAAAGCUAAAGGAAUCGCUCCUUCGAUGAAUGAUCUGGAGCCUGAUGAGGUUGAUACGUCCGUUGUUAAGCCUGUUGAGACGUCGAAAGCUACAGUGCUUUCUAAACAAGUUACGGCAUCACCAACUCCAGCUUCGUCGACCAGUAGUGGCAACACAGAGCCAAAGAGAUUUGUAUUUCCGAAACAUGAUGAAGAGGACAAGAAAUGGACCAAAUCUAGUAGGAGUGCUGAUAUUGAAUCUCCAUCGUCAAUCAAAAGUGGUCGAGAUAGUGUUGCUGCAGUGGUUGAUUCUGCAGCAGUCAAACCGUCGACACCACAAGUUGAGAGCAGCAAGGUGGUAGAGAAUCCUGUAGAAAGGCCGUCUGUAACAGUCGAAACACCAAAACCAUCACAAUCUCUCACUGUAUCAUCCACUGCACCAGCAUCUGCUACACCACCUGCAUCAGCAGCCACAACAGAUGAUGAAUCAUCGGAUGGUAAGUCGAAAAAGUCACAUAUAUGGGACAAGAUGACUAGAAAAAACAAGGAUGAGAAGCCAGCUGAUAUGAAACUUGAUGCCAAGAAUGCAGCUAAAGACGAUUCGAAAUCUAAUGCUUCAGAUGACGAGAGCUCGAGCAUUAAACCCAAGACAAAAUUAUGGGAUCGUAUGAAGGGAGGUAAAAAGGACUCUCCGACAUCACCAAUAGAAGAGACACCACCAUCACCAGUUACCAAACAACAACAAGCACCACCAAUUCCAUCAUCUGCAACAAAACCAGAACCUCAACGCGCAAAAACAAUAGAAGCACCAUCCGUUGCCAGUAUCACCAAGCAAGCCAUUCCACGUAACUAUAGUACAGAAUCCAUCUCUCAACCACCACCACGAGUCGUCACCAUUCCAAACAUUGACCUACUAGAUCCGGAUCUAGAAGACUAUGAUCCAUACACGAAUGCAAGCACACCAGCAUCCACAAACCCGAAAUUCGCACAACUGAAUCAAUGGAAACGGGGAAUGGCAUUGCAAGUAGCUCAAGAUGCAUCCUUCUCUGUAGCCAAGAAAUCGAAUUUCAAGCAUUCGACUGUGGAAGAUAUGACACAGUUUGCUAAUCGUCGGGAAUCUACUGCUACGAUUAUCAUAGAAUCGUCGUCGUCGAGAACUGGUCGUAAAAUGGGGGCUCCUGUCGUAGAGACGAUACGAGAGCCAUCUCCACCGCCAGUUUCAAGAUUCUUGAAUGCAUUUGAUGUGCAAAAAUUGCAACAGGAAUCAGCUCCACCACCGCCGGUUGUAGCUGCUGUGGUUACUCCUGCGAUAGAGACAUCAACAACGAAACCAGCUGCUGUUCCUGCUUCACCAGCUAUAAAUACCUCGCAAAGUCUGUCGGGUAACACAACGCUAUCCGCCAGUAAUAGUACUCUCCCAUCUGUUAUGUCAGUCACAAAUGUAUCCUCAAUCGCGGACGAUGACAAGAAGAAGAAGGGAUCAGCGUUUGGUGGCAUGUUUAAAAAGAGUACAAAGACUAGUACUGCUGCUGCUUCUGUAGCUGAGGUAGCUGAGGAGAAUACUAAUGAGGGCGGUGAUCCUUCGACUGAUACGUUCAAAGCUGAAGUUUCUCUUAAGGGCAUCAAAUGUGACAUAAGGGUGGAAGACUUCCAAUUGUUUUGUGAUGAGUCUGGCAAAAAAGGCAAGCCACUCAAGCACUUCUUUCCUAUUGAACUCCGGAAUGUCAUUGCCGCAGUCUGUAAGAACGAUGAAGUGGUUGUUCACGCUUGCACGAGACGGAAGGGCGGUCGUGCUGGUAGCAAGCUGAAAAAGAUGAGCUUCCAAUUCCAAGGAUCGUUAAAAGCCAAGAUAUGGUCUGAGGAUUUGAUGAACCUUGUUUAUGGAGAUCACUAUGACCAAGUCACCAAAACGAUUGUAGUGGUGCUAACAGACAAAUUCGAUAAAGACGAUGCACCCAAGAUGAUUACCAAGUAUAUGCGUCCUGUGUGGGAGGUUGUUGAUAAGCCCAUUGAAGUCAAAGCCGUCCAAUUCAACGAAUUUAGCGUCGCAAAUGUACUGGGCACAUUAGAUUGGACCAAAGUCAGCAAUGUGGUGUGUCUGAAUACUGAUUUUGCACCACGGUUGGCUCAAGUGCUUGUCAGGAAUCAAUGGUCCACUGGCCCAGUCAACCUACCAUGUGAACCCGAUCCAGUGGAUGCUUCACUAUCCAUUCUUAAAUCAAUGAUUGGGUCGUCAAAGAAGGGUGUUAUACACGUUACAUCGCUGCACCCUAAACGAGACGAGAACAAAUUGGGUGCGAUGUUCAAGAGUGCCUUCAAGAAAUAG